AUGAACAUCUCCCAAGAGGGGGACUUUAAAACGACCGAAGGCCAAGUAAUUGGGGUAGCCCCGACGUCGAUUCCUGACUAUGAGGGUGUCAGAAAGCGCAAGAAUAUCGAGACCUCCAGGACAGCCGAGGAUCGGCAAUUAAUACUGGCUGGGGUCAUGAAUCCUGAGGAGAAGAGCUAUUGUCUCCGCGCAGAACGAGGGAGGGGUACAAGGGAUGGCGGCAUUCUCGUCGUCAUGUUGUCGAGCAUCAACGAUAUUUACAGGCCUCGCAAAGGGAUUUUACAAUUUCAAAGGCCGGGUUGAGGAUCUUGAGCGCGUCAUUUGGCGGGGAAAAUGCAUCAAUAAGAAGUGCCGCGAAUCGCAAGCAGCAACGGUGAGAAUGCUAUUGGAUCAACCCGACAAUGGAGCUGACCACAUUCUUCACAAGGCAAAGG